CCUGGAGUUAGGAAAUGGAAGGGGCUCCGGAAGCUCGGGACUCCCGCACCCGGGAGAGACCGAGGGACCGAGACCACCGUCCGGAGAGACACAGAGAGAGAGACCAGCGCCCGGAGAGACAGCGGGACAGAGACCAUGGCCCGGAGAGACACCGAGAGAGAGACCAGCGCCCAGAGAGACAGCGGGACAGAGACCAUGGCCCGGAGAGACAGCGGGACAGAGAUAGACGGCGGGACCGAAAUGAGGACAGAUCGAGAGACACAGAGCGGGACCGGCGAGGGGACCGAGAUGGGAACAGGCAGGGGGACCGAGAUCGGGACCGGCGGGGGAACAGAGACUGGGACCGGCGGGGGGAUGGGGACAGACGGGGGGACCGAGACGAGGGCAUGCGAAGCGAGCGAGACCACCGCCUGGACGGACAGAGGGACUGGGAGCACCCCCGCUCAAACGGACAAAGGGUUCGGGAAAAAUCCCGCCAAAGCAGGGCCCAGGACGUAGCUUGGCAGCAGGCUCGGGACAGAUCCCCUCCCCCCUGGUCUGCCCUGGGGGGGCCGCAAGAGCCUUGGGCCCCGAGGAAGGCGAAGUUCGGUCUCCCCGAGAGUGACUACCCUUCAGGUAGAUCUCUGCCCUUCAGUCCAAGACGUGAAUUGGAAGAGCUGGAAUACUACCAGUCGGAGGCUGCAGGACUUUUGGAAUGCCACAAAUGCCGAUACCUGUGCACUGGGAGAGGUGUGGCACAGAUAGUGGAAGUGAUAUUGAAUGGCAUGGUUCUCAUGUGUAUUGUCGCCUCCUACUUUGUCCUGGCUGGUUUCAGUGCCAGCUUUGCAAGCAGUGGCUUUGGGAACAACUAUUACUCUCCCUUUGAAGGGACGGAGCUGGAGCAGGUUCGGCAACUGGACCAGCAGUAUACGGUCCUCCGAGCACCACUCGUAUAUGGCGGCUUGGCUGUCUCCCUAGGACUUGGGGUCCUCACCAUGGGCGUUUUACUCCAAGGAGCCAAGAGCCUGGAGAAGCUGCCUGGGAAGUGGCUGAUCGUGGAAGCCAUCUUUAGCCUCUUGGCGGCUGUGGGCUACUGCAUUGGCAUUGGCGUCUUCCUUCAUGUGGCUCUGCGGAUCAAUGCCACCGACACCUGCAAAAAGCGAGAGAGGAUGUACGCGCGGAAUGGGCUCACCUGGAUGAACUGUCAGCUGGCAGGCACUGAUGGGGCAGCAGCCACCUUUGCUUGUCUUCUGGUCAUCAUGUAUGGAGUCAGUGCUGUGCUGGCCAUCCGCAGUUAUAGGCAGCAACAGCGAUACUGCAAAGAUGGCCGAAAACAACACAGCAUGGUCCAAGGUCCGCUGGAAUACUGGGGGUCAGGAACUCUAUGAGAGUUUCCUCUGCAACCCGCUCCCCCCACAAAUUCCCAAUUCCCCAGGUUUCAACUACGUUUAUUAUAGCUUUCAAAUUUUACUUUCCAUUUUAAAUCGCACACUGGAUUGUUCCCAUUUUUUACACCAUCGAUUAUGUAUAAAUUUUCUUUUUAAAGGUACCAGUUGUGAAAAGUGCCCA